AUGGAUACUCUGUUAUUAAGAAGUAGCAUUUCCAUUCCCAUUGCUGUAACUGCACGCGCCAAUGAUUACGCGUCACAGUCUCAGGUUAGCACGGUGGGGUUCUCCUCCGUGUUUUCUAGAUUCUCCUUUAGACACCCUUUGAAGUCGCUGUGGCCACAGCCGAGUGGCAAGGCCGCCGGCUACAAAGGGCUCGCCGUCGACGACGCCGUUUUGGCGGAGAAUGGAACGGCGGAGCUUGAAGGAGAAGGAGAGCGUCAAAACGGAAACUGGGUUUUCAAGAUUUUUCAUGUCAGGUCUGUUUGGAAUGGGGAGCGAAGGAGCGAUGCAAACGAUGAAGAUGAAGUUGUGGCGAAUGAUGGAACGAAUGAAGAGGAGUGUGAUGGUUGUAAGGUCGAUGAUGAUGAUGAGGAUGAGGAUGAAGAAGAGGUUGAAUUCGAUAGAGACUCGUUUUCGAGAAUGCUACGGAGGGUGUCAUUGGCCGAAGCUAGAUUGUAUGCGCACAUGUCCCACUUGGGCAACUUGGCAUACUCUAUUCCAAAAAUCGAACCAGGGAAGCUCUUGCAAAACUCUGGUCUACGUUUUGUAACUUCAUCCAUAGAAAAGAAGGAACUAGCUGUGGCAGCUGAAAAAAAUCAGGCAUGUGGUGGAACUCAGAAAGAAGGAUGUAAUGAAAAGGAUGUGGGAGAAAGAAAAGAGCAAAAGAAUGGUGUAUGCAAAAUAAGUGCAUCUGCUGCAUAUGGGAUUGCUGCUUCUGCUGCCUCUUAUCUUCAUGCUCAGACAAGGAGCAUACUUCCAUUCAAAUCUUCUGAUGAUGGGGUCAGUGAAGCUUCACAUGAAGCAAGCAAUGAAAGCUGUGACAGUGACAGCAAGAGGAACACUGAGGUGGCAGCUUUGAGAGCAACUACUGAUUCUAUGACAGCAGUGGUUGCUGCAAAUGAGGAUGUCAAGCAGGCUUUUGUGGAUGAUUUGAACUCAACAAGAUCUUCACCCUGUGAAUGGUUCGUAUGUGAUGAUGACCAGACCUCUACAAGAUAUUUUGUUAUUCAGGGCUCUGAGUCGUUUGCAUCCUGGCAAGCAAACCUACUAUUUGAGCCAGUUCAAUUUGAGGGGUUGGAUGUACAUGUUCAUAGAGGUAUUUAUGAGGCUGCCAAAGGGACAUAUCAACAGAUGUUGCCAGAAAUUCGUGCUCACCUAAAAUGUCGUGGCUCUCGUGCAACAUUUCGUUUUACGGGUCAUUCUCUUGGGGGAAGCUUGGCAUUACUUGUAAAUCUUAUGCUGUUGAUAAGGAAGGAAUUUCCAAUGUCCUCUCUGCUUCCUGUAAUAACGUUUGGCUCCCCAUCCAUCAUGUGUGGAGGUGAUAAUCUACUUGACAAACUAGGAUUACCACGCAGUCAUGUUCAAGCAAUCACAAUGCACAGAGACAUUGUGCCACGAGCAUUUUCUUGCAAGUACCCUAACCAUGUUGCUGAACUACUAAAGGCUGUUAAUGGAAACUUCCGUAGUCAUCCAUGUCUUAAUAACCAGAAGCUAUUAUAUGCACCAAUGGGUGAAUUGCUGAUUCUACAGCCAGAUGAGAAUUUUUCACCAAGCCAUCAUCUACUACCUUCAGGCAGUGGUCUAUAUCUUUUGAGUGGUACUCCUCUCUCAGAAUCCAAUGACACAGACAAGUUGAUCAGAGCAGCACAAUUGGUGUUCUUGAACUCACCACACCCACUUGAAAUAUUAAGUGACCGAUCAGCUUAUGGAUCAGGAGGAACCAUACAGAGAGACCAUGACAUGAAUUCAUACUUAAAAUCUGUGAGAACUGUGAUUCGCCAAGAACUUAACCAAAUUCGUAAGGCAAAGAGAAAGCAAAGGCGAAAGGCGUGGUGGUCUCUGGUGGCGCCACGUGGAAAUCAUGAAGGCAUUGUUGUUGGGAAGUCCGUUGUAUCUGUGAAUGUGAUUCAAGACCAGCCUCCUUUUUCUGCCAUCAUACAGACAGGUCGAGAGUCCUUGAAAAGGUUCACUAGUCUUGUGGGCUCUCAACAUAUGCAAUUCUUUGUAGUGCUAUUGUUUCCUGCACGUUUGUUACUCUUGGGAGCAUGUAACAUGAUUAGCUUAAGAUGA